CAACCCGCCUUCUCUACGCCGUUAGAUGGAGAAAGAUCCAACGCCGGCCAUUGACUCACUAGAAUGUUCUGCUCGCACUCUACAUAGGUACUUCAGCUCAGCAAUAACAUCUGUGAUUUUCAAUUUGUCAAAACUGAUCUUGCUUAGUUUCUGAUCUUGCGGUUCUGUGUUCGAAUCCCGCCGCCAUGACCAAGAAGUACCCUCCUGUAAGUGAAGAAUACGCGAAAGCCAUCGACAAAUGUCGGCGAAAGCUCCGCGGACUCAUCGCAGAGAAGAAAUGUGCUCCGAUUAUGCUCCGCCUCGCAUGGCACUCGGCCGGAACUUUUGACGUCAAGACUAAAACUGGCGGGCCGUUCGGAACAAUCAGACAUCCGGAUGAGCUCUCACACGGAGCUAACAAAGGCCUCGACAUCGCAAUCGGGCUUCUUGAGCCUAUCAAAGAUCAGUUUCCACAGAUUUCUUAUGCUGAUUUUUACCAGCUUGCUGGUGUUGUUGCUGUUGAAAUCACCGGAGGGCCGACCGUUCCAUUCCAUCCGGGCAGACAGGACAAGUGUGAGCCACCAGAGGAAGGCCGUUUGCCUGAUGCUACUCAAGGGGUUGACCAUUUGAGGGAAGUGUUUGGUCAUAUGGGGCUGAGUGACAAGGAUAUUGUGGCUCUCUCAGGAGGCCACACCUUGGGUCGAUGCCACAAGGAACGCUCUGGCUUUGAGGGCCCAUGGACUCCCAAUCCCCUCGAGUUUGACAAUUCCUAUUUUAAGGAGCUUCUCACAGGAGAGAAAGAAGGGCUGCUUCAGCUGCCUUCUGACAAGGCACUGUUGGAGGAUCCAAUCCUCCGUUCUUAUGUUGAGAAGUAUGCAAAGGAUGAAGAUGCUUUCUUUGAUGAUUAUGCAGAAGCCCACUUAAAGCUAUCUGAGCUUGGGUUUCCCGACGAGGAGUAAUGAGAGAUGGUUGAAUUCAAAUCUCAUGCAUUCUUGAAAAAUAUAUACGAUAUUGCUUGUAUAUGAAAGUAUCAAUGUAUAAAAAAGUUAAUAAUCUGUAGAGAGAGAAAGCUUAAUUCUAGUGGCAAUAUACACAAGCCACAUCACCCUGAUGUGUGAAAUAACAUGAAAUCGCUUUGUUUUAGAUUUGUCAGAUAAAUAUUUUACAAUAAAGUAGUUAAUACAUUGUCUUUUACUAUUAAGGGCCUUAAGAAAAUUCAGAAACAAAGAGGCACAUAAUUCGUUAGACAAUGUAACGGACAGUGGGAUGUAUGGUAUGGUUUUAUUGCUUUGUAGCAUUGUUCAUGAA